UGCGGUUUGCACCCUCUGGGGGCUCGGCAGGGUUCGGUCCGGGCAUGGGCUCGGUCCCGGCAGGCUCUAUGCGGGCGCGCUACCUUGUGUACUUCCAGUACAGGGGCACCGCCUUCAACGGAGUCGCUGCGGUCAGGGGCGCCCAGCGUGCCGUCGGAGUCCAGAACUUCCUGGAGGAGGCCGCAGAGCGGCUGAAUUCCGUCGAGCCCGUCAGGUUUACCAUCUCCAGCCGCACAGAUGCUGGCGUCCACGCACUGAGCAACUCAGCCCACUUGGAUGUCCAGCGGCGCCCGGGCCAGCCACCCUUCUCCCCUGAGAUCCUGGUUGAGGCCCUCAACGGCCACAUGAGACACCCGGCCAUCAGGGUGGUGCAGGCCUUCAGGGUGCCCAGUGACUUCCAUGCCCGCCACACAGCCACAUCCAGGACCUACCUGUAUCGCUUGGCCACUGGCUGCCCCCAGCCAGACCAGCUGUCUGUGUUUGAACGAAACCUGUGCUGGGCUCUUCGGGCUGAGAGCUUGGAUGUGGCCGCCAUGCAGGAGGCUGCCCAGCACCUCCUGGGGACACAUGACUUCAGUGCUUUCCAGUCAGCUGGCAGCCCAGCCAGGAGCUCAGUGCGCACACUGCGGCGUGCCACCGUGUCCCCUGGGCAUGCUAGCCCCUUUGUCAGUCCCCAGGAGAACAGGGCGCUGCAGUUCUGGAACCUGGAGUUUGAAAGCCAGUCCUUCUUGUACCGGCAGGUGCGGAGAAUGACAGCGGUAUUGGUGGCUGUGGGGCUGGGGAUGCUGAUGCCUGCCCAGGUGAAGGCGAUCCUUGAAAGUAGGGACCCCUUGGGCAAGCACCAGACACGUGUGGCCCCAGCCCACGGCCUGUUCCUGAUGGCGGUGCGGUACCCAGGCCUUGGAGACCUCGCAGACAGGAGUUUGGACUGGGCCCAGUGGGAAGGCCCAGGAGCUUGGCACAGGGGAGCCUCCAGCCAGCCCAGGGACCUCAGCAGUGGAGGUCCUGUGUGAAGGCUCCACGUGUGGGUCCCGACUGCCACACUCCUGGAUACCAGGAGGCAGCACCUGCACAGAGGAGUGAACCCCCUCCCUGCACACGACAGAGCAUGUCCCAGGGCCUGCCUUUUGCAGGCCCCAAGGCUCCUGGCCUCUGUGUACUGCAGGCCAAUAGAGUGGAAACCACAACUGACCCUCAACCCCUGGCUCAGGGGAACCAUGGCUUCUGGGGCAGUUUUGAGUGCCACCAUACCCUGCAGGGGCCUGCCCCUUCAUAACCACCAGGUUGCAGCCUCCUUGGCUUCUUAUCUCAGCCAUGUGCAUGUGGAGAUGUUCUCAGUCUCCCUGCACCCCCUUGGAACCCAGUGCCCACAAGCUGGGCGCCAUUGUGGAAUGGAGUAUAUGUUAGUGUCUCUUGCUGUCAGGCCUGGCACCCACCCCCAAGGUGGUUAGCAGCAAGGGAGCCCCCAGAGGCCUGCCUUUACUGGAAACUACACAGGAGCUUCCCCCUAUUUCCCAGGAGACUCAAAGAGACAAAUAAAAGCUCAGAGAUAAUAA